UUAAAGCUGUGCUUUGCACAAGUACUCCAAUCCACCAGGAGUUGGAAAAACUUUUCUUUUCACUGUUACAGUAAUAUUCUCCAGUUUCACGAAGGGUUUUGUGGUUCAGAGCACACACACAGAGUUAAACUGGAAGAGUGGAGUUCUGACAGAGGUUAUUGUCUUCAGCUCGGCAGGGAAUUUCAGACAAAUCCCUCUUUAGAUGCAGGUGGUCACAACACAAGCAAAGAGUUAAGUCCUCUGGUCUCUUUGCCCCUCCCCUUUGAUGUUCUGACAUCAUUAGUCCAGCCCCCACGAAAGAUCUCGCCUUCCUCAGAGCCCCUCACUUCUAGUCUGGAAUGUUUAUAGAAAGUUAAUGAGCAGCAUCAGGACCAAGUGUUUUUACCAGGAGAACAAAGUAAUGCUCUGAAGAAAGUGUCGGUGCAGGGAUCACAGUGGAUGCCACAGGUGAAGCCGCUGGGCUCGACAGAGUAAUGGCUGUUCAGACUGCCAUCAUGAACCCUCAGUUCAUGAGCUUCUGCUUCCCCGGCUCUGUGAUGGAGUAUGACGUGGAUAAAAGUCUGGAUGGGAGUCUCCUGGGUGAGGCAGAGAAUGACGAAGACUUCAAAGAGACCACGAGGGACCUGCUGAGCUUCAUAGACUCGGCCUCCAGCAACAUCAAGCUGGCUCUGGACAAGCCGGUGAAAUCCAAAAGGAAAGUCAACCACCGGAAGUACCUGCAGAAGCAGAUCAAGCGCUGCACCGGCAUUAUAACGCCAGGAAACGUAGCAGAGGUCCCAGCAAAGAGACAGGGCUCCCCCGGGUCUCAACCGAGCCCCUUGCAGAGCAAAAUGCUGCCCAAGCGUGAUGGGGUCCAGGCCAACUUGCAGAGCAAGAGCUUGGCAGCUCUCUUCAGCCCUGCGAAGGACAUAAGAGGGGAGAAAGCCAAGAAGCCGCCCUUGAGGCAUCGCAACCUGCCACCGUCUUUCUUCACCGAGCCUGCGAACUGCUCCAAAGUCAGCUCCACAUCCGGGAUGACGCUGAAGGACUUGGAAAGAGGCAAUCCCGAGGCUGCAGAGUUCUUCGAGCUCUUGGGACCUGAUUAUAGCAACAUGGUAAGUGACCAGGACCUUUACCAAGGCAUGCCUCUUCGAUUACAGCCAGAGCUGGGAAGCCCGGAUCCCGCUUCCUACGACGCUCAUCAUUUAGUCGGAGGCCUCUUCUACUCGGACCCCUGGACUAGCUGCUCGGGACCCUCUAAGAAACUCGGGGAGAGUCUGCGCGGCGUCGGCCCGGCCCAGCCUCCCGCCUACUGCCAGGCUGAGGAUGCUUCCGGGCCCAUGGAUGACAGCGCAUUGUGCACUUUGGCUUUCCCAAACUUCCUCACAGACUGCUCCAUACCUCAGGUUACCUACGACUUGUGCAGUGGUUACAACAGAGCUAAUUAUUCAUCUCUAUGAAAAAUGUUUCAUUCUGUUUUUAGGAAAACUCAUACAGAAACAGGUUUUAUUUUUAGCAUGAAACUUUUUUCUGUUGCAGAUGCAUCUUUCCUCAACAAAGUUGUUUUGUUUCUUUUCCCCAAGAAGUUUUUAUCUCAUAUUUAAUGAAAAGUUACAAAGCUUCUGAAGACAAUUUGAUACAUUUCUGUUCAAUAUUCCAGUAUAAUCUCCCCCCCUUUUUCUGUCUUUUCUGUGUGUGGAUUUUAACCAUCUCAGGCAGUUUCUGAUGACACUCUGAAUGAAAAUGCAUUUCCUUUUUUGCAUGUUUAAGUCGGUGAAAUGUAGUCUUUUUGGAUUUUCUCAGUCAGACAUUAGUUUUACGACAUUUCUCCUGUUUUAUGAAGGAAAACUGCACAGGCUGCUGAAAUAGUUGUCGAUUUAGUCCGCCAAGCAGCUGCUUAUUCUAGAAAAGUGAAAUUAACCCUAGAUUUCUUAACAGUAUGACAAAACAACAUAUGCACUUUUUCGAUCCUGGCAGUAACAAUUCUGUUCAGAAAUAUGAAAAUGAAAUUUAAAUAAUAAAAUGAAAAAAAAAGAAGAUUUCAAGCAUGUUUGAUUCCCUCCAGCUGGUUUACAGAAUUUUAUGGCUCUGAAUUUAUUUUCAGCUGGCAGUUUGACCAGAUUUCUUUUUAAGUCUUUAAUGUAUGUAGUUAUUAUAAAAAUGACAAAAUAA